UGCGAUGUGAAUUAGCUUGGCACAUUCAGGUGAAUUUUCUCUUGGCAUUCGUCUCAAAACAGCUUAGAUAUUUUUGAAAGAAAUUUGCCAGCUCAACUAAGAAGUUUGGGGGGAAAGUUUUGCGCUAACCUGGGAUUAAGAUCAGACCAGCUCAUUGUUAAAGGAGCAAUGCCAAGUUUGGAAAAUGGUGUCCAGUCAGGACCCAAGAAACAGCAGGGCCCUUCCCAUCCGGCCAAGAAGGCAAUCAUCGUCGCUGUGACAACCGUCUGUCUCCUGGCUGCCGCAGCUGCAGUGACUUGUUUAGUUGUCGUAUUUUAUGUCCGGAAAUCCAAUACCGAUCUUUACGAUGUACAGGUCAGCGGAGGCGAACAUCUGACUAUCUACGACUCUGAGAGGGGUAUCUGGAGGUUCAUCUGCUCCUCACCAGGCAACAAUGAUGUGGCUCGUCUGGGCUGUGAGCAGAUGGGGUUUGUAAGAAUGUUAUCAGUUUCUGAGAGUCGUAUCGAAGACCCCAGAUUGAAUCGGACAGCCCAGUUCUACUGUGUGAACAUACCACGGCACUCGGGAGCUGGUAAACUGCAGGAGGUCCUGUUCCCAUGUUCCUGUCCAUCCCGGAUCGCUCUGUCCGUUCAGUGUCAAGACUGUGGCCGUCGGAAGCUGCAGGCGGACCGGAUCGUGGGUGGUCGACUGGCUGAGCUCGGCCGCUGGCCGUGGCAGGUUGCCCUCCUGUUUGACGGCUCCCCCCUCUGCGGGGGGUCGUUGAUCGCCGAUGACUGGGUGGUUACCGCCGCCCACUGUUUCCCCCAGAAGAACCGUUUUGCCAACCGCUGGGCGGUGCUGAGUGGGUCAGUCAGCCGGCUGUCACCAGACAUCCAGACACCAGUGCAGACGGUCAUCUACCAUGCAGGCUACCAGCCUUUUAUCGACUACAACUCGGAGGACAACAGCAACGACAUCGCCGUCUUGCGUCUGAGAAGAUCUCUCAACUUCUCGGAUCACAUCCAGCCAGUUUGCCUUCCAGCUCUUGGACAAGGUCUCGUUGAAGGCACUCUGUGUACUGUCACUGGAUGGGGUAACACUGAAUAUUAUGGCCAUCAGUCGGACGAGCUCCGGGAAGCGGAGGUGCCCAUCGUCAGCAACGCCCAGUGUAACAGUCCGGAGUUCUACAACGGGCAGAUCACUCCCAAGAUGUUCUGCGCUGGCUACAGUGAGGGCGGUGUCGACGCUUGCCAGGGUGACAGCGGAGGACCCCUGGUCUGUCAGGAUACCCUCUCAAACAGAUCCCGAUGGCGCCUAAGUGGCGUUGUCAGCUGGGGAACGGGCUGUGCGAUGGCAACUAAACCUGGCGUCUACUGCAGGGUGACGGAGUACCAGUCGUGGGUGUAUCGGGCAAUGAAGAUGUACGGUGAACUAAGAGGGAUAUACUCGAUGAAUUAAAGACUUUAUUGUUAAUUAUUGGAAUUAUGAUCUUUCACUAUGAAUAUCAUCUCCUGAGCUAUACAAAGUUUGUAUUUAUAUGUUUUGUAUAUUGAAUCAAACAAGCUUUUCUAUAUUCUAAAUCAUCCCUUGUGUUCAGGGUUACUUGGAAUCUGGUCUGAAAUUUACAAAAAAGACCUCCUCUGCCAAUCCCACUGAAUGUCACGACUUUCCGAAAUAUUUUGGGUUGGUGUUGGAAGUUUUGUGUUGGUUAAUGGGGCUCCAAUUUUUUGAAAAUCUCCUGACAUCUGUGUCCUGCAUGGUGAGGGUAUUGUCAUUGUUAGGAUGGGGGUAGGAGUGAUGACGGUCUUUCUGGUUUUAAUAAACGACUAGGUAAGCUGUUUCCUGAUGGUUGCUCUUGGGAGUUGGGAUGAGGCUAGAUGGUAUUUUGUAAAUUCUUCCAACCGUGCAGCAGAGGGAUUUGGGAACAUCAUGAAUGGGAGCGUUCCUUCGCCUUGUCGUCCAUGGGAUAGUCUUGAGUAGAGGCUUCCAGUGUUGACCCAUUUGAUCCCAGAAUAACUUUGCUUGCCAUUUCUCGAUCCUGCACCCAUGUUUUAUUUUAGUCCCGGGAUAGUUCAAACUGUGUGUGAAAUCCUGGCCUGUUCGGGACGUAGGAGGGAGCCACAGAUUUUCCUCCUUACUUGGAGACAGUGAUUUCUGAAGUAACAAUGUGGCAAAGGGGUGUAUCUAUUUGUAGGAGGCACACUGCUUACUAAAUCAGAAAUCCAUAUCUUUAACUUCUUAUACAAAACAUAAUUUCAUACUCACAAAUGUACGUUUAACCAGUUAACAAAUUUGCUGUCUUAUCCACUGACCUCCUGCCUAGUUUAACAUAAUAGGAAGGAGGGGGUUAAUCCACCCCCCCCGCCUCAUAUUACUGGAGUUGGGACAAAUGAUGUUUAACAGUGUGUUUAACUGGAACCUUGAUUCUGGCUGCCGCUGGGAACACAGUCACCCCCAUAAACUACAGCUCAGAUCCAAACUACUUGCGAAGGAAAUCUCUGUAAAGCAAAAAAUGUGAAACGGUUUUGCACGGGAACAAGAUCAGGCCCUUCAGCGCACAGUUAUGCUGUACUAUUUAAACUGGCAAUUAACUGCCUAACGAAACUAAUUCCUUCUGCCUAUGCGACAUGCAUAUCCCUCCAUUCUCUGUGCAUUCAUGUGUCCAAGAACUCUCAAACACCCCCUUGGUAUCUGCCUCCACCGACACCCCUGGCUGCACUUCAUCACUGUAAAUCCAGUCCCUCACCUCUCCUCCAAGCGUUCCCCCUCCCCCAAGAUCAGCCCCAAGGUAAAGAUGCUGGCUAUCCACUCUACCUUUGCCUCCUAUAAUGUUAUAAACCUCGAGCAGGACUCCUCAGAGCCAAUCCAGGUUUGUCCAGCCCUUUCUAACAGGUCAUCCAGGCAGGAUCCUGGUUGCCGUUCCCACACCUUCUCCAGAGCCUCCGCACACCUCCUGUGACACAGUGACUGGCGUUGCACGCACAGCUCCAGGUGAGGCCUGGCUGCCGUCCCUGUUCGCCCUUGGGCCUGGAACCAGAGUUGCACCAGGCUGGGGAGUCCCUGGAUAGCCUGACGCUGGGUGUAGUGUCGAUGUACAACAGUACAGGCGGUUCAGCCUGUCCUCGCCAUUCACCCUGCUCCGUCCACUCCCCUUCUGAUUCCUAUUUGGAACAUGCCUUCGGCCUCAGGCAACCGACAUGAGAUAAUUAACCCACCGGAUUGAUUCGAGCUGUCACACACUGCGUCAGUGACCUUGGCAUCUGUGUGUGUCUGUAUAUGUGUGUGAGAUUGUGAAUGAUGGGGGGGGGUGUGUGUGUGUGAGAAAGAGUGACCCCUCCAGUGAUGUGUGUAUGAUACUGACCCAACCCCAGUGAUGGGUGUGUGCGCUUUGCGGGGAGGUGGAAUGUCUCUCGCAGUUAGAAUAUCUGCAUGCCUCCCAUCCCCAUCUCUGUGUGUGAUCCCUCCUCAUUGUGGGCCAGUGUGUGUACGUGACCUGCCCCCCAGCCGUGACUGUGUAAUCUUGUGUCUGAGGGACCCAUUCCCCAGUGAGGGGGUGUGUGUGUGACUGACCCGACUCCAGUGAUGGGGGUGUGUCUGAGAGAGAGACCGAUUCCCCCCAGUGAUGGGGGGGGGGCAGUGUGUGUGUGUGUGUGUGUGUGUGAGAGAGAGAGAGAUACACAGACAGACUUGUCCCUCAGAGAUGGGGGGUGUGUGUGUGUGAGAGAGAGAGCACGAGCGGUUUGUCACUCAGAGAUGGGUGUGGGUGGGUGUGAGAGAGAGACGCAUACCCUAGUGAUUGUGUGUGUGUGUGUGACCUGUCUCCUAGUGUGUAUAUAUGAUCUGUCCCCUAGUGAGGGGUUGUGUGUGUUUUGGGGGGGGAGAACCAAUUCUUCUGGUAAUGGGUACAACCUAAAGUAUUAAACUAAUCAGAAUUAUAACACGAUACAGUGCUGAAAAUGCUCGGCUGGUCAGGUAGCAUCUUGAGGGGGAGGAACAUCGUGGAUGUUUUGGGGUGCUGACCGUUCAACAGUUUGAAAUGUCAAGCGUACAAGCCCACGUUCGUACAGGUGCAAUGAAACCCUUGCAGCAGCAUCAGAGUGUCAGAGACACAACAUCCACAAGGUAAUCAUAAACGUACAUUAUACACAGUUUUUACAAGGACACAAUUAGAACGAAUAUCCUUUGUAGUAUGAGGUGGUCACUACACCGAGGAACUGAAUGGUUGAAGGGAAGGAGCUGUUCCUGGAUGUGGUAGUUCUCUACCUCCUGCUGAUGGGGAUCUUUGAUGGGUGUGAGUGUGACAGAGACAGACUAGUCUGUACACACCGUCACACGCGACUCUUUGUAGUCACGCACAGGCUAGUUUUUUUAUCCAGCACCCAAAAUCCACAGGUUUGGAAUUAAUUAUGGAGAAGAUUUUUUUUGCACAGCUUUCUCUAUAACUAUUGCAGCACAUUUAUUCAUUAGUAUUUCUCGUGCACAAGUGUCUGAUAUGAAUUAGGUGAUGAUUUUAUUUGCACAUGUUACUGUCUUGUCUCUGAACGAGACCUCAGUAAUUCACUGGGAAUUGCACUGUCUGUGAACUGUAUAUUUCUCAGUCUGAUUUUUAAAAAAUGUCAUUGUUUAAAAAGAAGAGAUUUUAGUAUUAAACUGUUUGUCUGUGUGUGGUGCUGUUGGGAGGGAACAUCUUGUUUAGUUCCUGCCACGGUGUUUCUUAG